AUGGCGCCCAGCAAGGACGCCAAGGACGCCAAGGAGAAGAAGGGGGGAGUCGCGAGUUUCAAGACUCGCGAGACCCAGGCGCGGUUGCUGGCGGCUCUGGUGGCGUCGCUGGACGGCCAGCGCCUCGAUUACAAGAGGAUCGCGGAGUUCUUUGGAAGCGGCGUCACCGAGUCUUCCAUGGAGCACAAGUUCCGGCCCGCCCGGGCUCAAGCCAAGCUCAUGACGGAGCUGGUGAAGGUUGGGGAGGAUCCUGGGGAGUAUGACUUUGUCGACAUGAACUCGACGGAGAUCCAGGCUCUCUUCGGCGAGAGCACUGCGGAGGGAGUGGCCUUCCAAUUCCGCAGUAUCAAGAAGGGUGCCGAGGUCCUCAAGACGGCCGUUGAGGAGGGCGUGUCCCCAGUCGAGAGGUUCGCUGCCUAUUACCAGCCCGCCGGUGGCCCUGGCCCUUCUACUGCUGCUACCAGCAGUACCAAGCGAGCCCGAGCUCCGAGAAAACCAAGCGCCGCCAAGCGUCGCCGGACUGCUGGCCCUUCCCUUGCGCUGCCCAAGGUCGAGGACAACGACGAAGCCCAAGAGAUGGCCGAUACAAUCGCCCUCUCGCGGCGCCAGGUGCCUCUCGCACCCGCCCCACGGCCGACCCUCCCGCCUGUCGGCUACCCUCAAGCCGGCUACUCUCAAGCGCCCGCCUCCCCCCAACCACCCGGCUACCCCCAAGCACCUGCACCGGCCUGGCCAGCCACCUCUUACUCCAUGGCGCCCAUUGCUGGCACUGGCGCAGCUCCUCCCGCCCCCGGUCUGCCCAACGGAUACACCGACCCAGCCACCGGUUACGGCUACAACGUGCUGCCUCCUCUCUCCCGGCCGACCAGCAGCCACUCCUCGUCAGCCAUAGAGAUGAUAGGCAGCUUCCGUGACUCACGCCCGGGCUCCAGCUACUCAAGCAGUAGCUACUAUGCCUCACCAGCGCCGGCUUCCUCCGCCUAUGGCACCCCUGCGGAUACGGCCGCCAACAACACCCACCGUACCAGCCCGUAUCCGCAGGGCGGCAGUUUCGAGGGCUCAACCUAUGGCGGCAGCUACACAGGCCCCAACACCAACCCAACGGGCGGCCAGUACUCGCCGACCUACCACCACCACCACCACAACUCCGCCGGUUCCGGUGCCAACCCCAGCCCUCAGUACGAGAGCUACCACCACUCGUACCCCACCACCACCGCCGCCGGCCAGGGUGGUAAUUCGGCCGACUUUAAUGGCGGCCGAAUUACUCCCGGCCCCGAGGUGAACCCGGCUGCUGCUGCCGGCGAUGUUGCUAGCCACUAUGGCUAUGACGAUGAUGUUUCGCGCCCUUAUAGCGCUCAUAGCUAUGAGGGGCAUCGUUCGCAUGAGCAGCAGCAGCAGCCGCAGCAGGACGGUUGGGACGCCGGGGACGUGUAG